UAUCUCCGAGAGAAAGCAGUAAUUUUGUCUGCAUUUCGGUGUAACACCGGAAAGAAAACGCUUUAAAAUGCCCCUCUGAACACUAGAAAGAAGACCCUCUUUAUCUGAAAUGCGCAAGGUUACACCCAGAGAGAUCUUGAAUUCAGCUGAAACCAGUUGGGGUUCCCUGUGCUCUCACUAAUUGUCUUGAUGCAAACAUGCUCUGCAAGGUUUGGUCAGACUUUAAGCGGAGAGUUCGGGUCAAACUACGUUCACUGAGAUUGUGGUGGCAGGCUGCCUUCCCGUUAUCAGUGUCUCCUUCGAUGGCUGCUGAUGACUAUAACCCUGUCUCCCUGCGGCACAAGUCGAAGAAGAAGAGCAGAGGAGGCAAUGGUACCAUGAGCAGAAGACGAAUCUCCGUCAAAGAGCUCGGUCAGCCAGAUCACCAGGGCUGGCUUUACAGGAAGAAGGAGACGAAGGGCUUCCUGGGGAUCAAAUGGAAGAAGUACUGGUUUGUUCUUAAGAAGACGGCUCUCUACUGGUACACCAACCAGUUGGCUGAGAAAGCAGAGGGUUACAUUGACCUCGCCAACUUCGUGAUAGAUGUAGCCAUCGAGUGCAAGAAAAAGCACGCAUUCAAAGCCUGCCAUCCUCAGGUCAUGAUGUUUUAUUUUGCUGCUGAGAGCCAUGAGGACAUGAAUCUGUGGUUGAAUAAGCUUGGGCUGGCCUCCAUUCAUUAUGAGCAAACGGGUCAAACCACAGCAGCUGAGUGUUAUAGUGAAGCCAGCGAUCAUGAAGAAGCUGAGAGCACAGAGAUCCCCCCUCCGCCAUACUCAGAACAGACCUUACGACACUCUUUGGAUGUGCCUGAUCCACCUGGGAGCACACAUCAGGGUACUCUUCCACCCCCAUAUUCUUCCACAGCUCCUGUAGAAGCCAGCGAUUUGCUCUCCUCCCGAGUCAGUACGAUGACAUCGCAGAGCUCCGCCUCCUCGCUUGCCAAGCAGCGGCAGUCCUGGCUGGACCUCGUAUCGCAGGCGUCUUCUACUCUGGCCGGGGAAACGUCCGCUGUCCAGGUCCACGAGCAACAUUUGCCACAAGGGAGUACGGAAGGGGGAGGAGCGUCAGAAAGUGUGGUUCCUCAGGACUCCUCAGACUCAAAGGGGUCCAACAAGGAGAGGCCUGCGGUGCAUGGGAAGCAGCAGAGGCAUGUUUUAGGUCCUCAAAGUGAAGGCAAUUGUGAGAAUACCUCAGAUGAAAUGGAAAAGCUAUACAUUCAUUUAAAGGAGGCCAGCCUCUCGCCAAUAGGGGAUCGGAAACCAUCCACAAAAAGGGAAUUCAGGGCUUCUUUUGUUAAACGCUGUAAAAACCAGACUGUUAAUAAUAAGCUACACCACAUCAGGGCACUCAAUAGCACGUUAAAGUCUAAAGAAGCGGACUUGCAGGCAAUAGAGCAGGUGCUGUCAGACCCAGAGAUUACCUCCGGCAAGUUCAGAGAAUGGAAGGAGGCCAACGCGCCUUUGAUGGUGGAGAUCUGCGUCAAAGACCACCGCAAGGGGGCGCCAGAGGCUGUAACGGCUGCAGCAUCAGUCACUGCUGCUCCUGUUGCGGAGACCAGUUUAUAAGGACUCCUCAUGACUUAUUUCACUGUGUUUUGACUUGGACCUCAUGAUUGCAUACUAUGUGAAUGCACUCACACUGCUGUGAUUUAGUCAGCUGACACUUCAGUUCCAUGUAAGCGCAUAUUUAUAUGCUGUUUAGCAUGUAUAUGAAUUUGUAAAGUUGUUUUUUUUUUUAUAUAUUGAGAUGGAAACAUGAGCAAUACACAUGAAUAUGUGAAUUCUGUUUUAGUAUUACUUUUCUGUCAUGUUGGUAGGAUUAGAUAGUUUUACAUCUGUUUUUAACAUUUUAAUUCACACCUUGGAACUCUUAUUGAGAGAAAUAAUUUAGUAGAUCGAAAGACAUUUAUUGUCUUCCGCACGGAAACACUGUUUUGUUUUUUUCACUGUAUUUCACUGUAAUUUAUCUACUUUGUAUUCAUCUGUAGUGAACAAAUUCUGAGAUUGUUGUUUUUAAGUUUUAGUGUGCCAAUUAUUGGUGCCAUGCACCAUCUGUGCCUGUUACAAGCAAGCCUACUGCCACGAUUCUUUCCUUGUGCUCUUGAGGUCAAGUUUUGCUUUAUAUUAACUGUUCUGACUGAACAAUAAGGCCUGUAGUUACAAUAAAUCACAAAUCCAGAUAAUUUCAGAUUCAUGAGUCAAUUUAUUGUUUCUAUGCAGUUUAAAAAUUUGGUAAAACACUAAAAUUGUGCUUAGAACCCAUAAACGAUGACAAUAUGUUUGUUUUAUUUGGGUGUGAUAUAAACCUUCCUAAAAAAGCCGGCCAACUUUUCAUUAGCAUUGUUGCCCAAAAUACUUUACAGAAAUGGAUAUUAGCAUCAGCCAUCUUUCAGAUAUGAUUGAAUUUUAGCUGGUAGAGGAUCAUCCACAUUUUUUUUUUUUACAUAGAAAUGGGUAAACAAUUCUACUCUAAAAUGUGCAACAAUAAAACUGAAAAAGAGCCUUUUCACUUUACAUAACAUUCCCAAUAAAAACAGUAUCUCGGUUUAAAGAAGAGGUUUGUCAGUUUACAGCUGUAUUGGCUCUGGUUUAUUUUUGCAAAUUGUUUUAUUUCUGUUGUUUUUUUGCAAGAUUUGGUCUAAACGGCUUCAAAGACAUCCCCAAUUAUGUGACUUUACAGGAGCAGGUUUAAGUACUUAAAUAUGUAAUAUAAUGAUUACAGAACCUGAUAAAGGGGGUCCAGCCAGGCUCCAUGUGAACAUUUCUUCAUUUUUUUUCAUCUUUCUGUCACGUUAAGGUUUUGUGUAAAUGUGUAAAUAAUAAUGUGUAUCUUUUUAUUCUAGUAUAAUUGUAGUGCUUUUUUGCUAUGAAAAAAAUAAAGCAAUGCCAAAAUU